GCUUCAAGCACGACCCUUAGCCAAACGGCGCAUGGACCAGCCGAAGCCAAACUGAGGUGUCAGUCGAAAGUCCAAAGGUGCGCAAAGGAAGCAGCGGGUCGUCAUGGCGAAGCGGCGCGCGGCUUUGAUCCCGCGGCUCGCGGCGAUCUUCGUUCUGGGCAGUGUGCUGAACGCGGCCUUUAUAGCGCCCAGGCCGGCGCGGCCGCACAUCUUGCGCCGGGCGGAGGCAGAGGCCGUCACCUUGACGGAGCCGGAGCCUACGGAGCCAGCGGAGUCGCAGGAAUCAGUGCCCUUGGAAGGAUCGGUGACGAUUGUCCAGGGCGCCAGCCGUGUCCGGGUGCCUUGGGCGCCGGCGGAGACCUGCGCCACGCUCCGCGCGCGCGUAGAGGAAGCCACGGGAGUGCCGGUGGCCAAGCAGCAGCUGAAGCUGGCCAAGCAGGAGCUGCUCGGGGAGGAGGACGAGACCCAGCAGUCCUACGAGGCCAACGGCAAGAUCCGCACGAUCUGGCUGGAAGACUUGCGGACACCGGCGGAGCGGGGGGAGGAGGAGGAGACCAUCAUCGACCAGCUGAAGCAGCUCUGGAAGCUGGACAACGUCACUGUGGUGAGUCUUGUCCUGGCAGCCUACACUAUCGUAAAGGAGCUGCUGCCGUUGAUCAUCAACGGGGUGAAGAGCCCCGUGGAGGACUUGCCGUGGCAGCCCGGGCCCAUCGAUGCGGUGGCCCCCUCCCCGUCCAUGAUCGGCUGAUCCCACGCGAUCGGUGUCCACCGGAAAAGGACUGCCAUGUGGUUUGGGCGUUCUGUCUUAAAAUGGCUGUGGUGGUCA